AUGCCAUUCUCCCACCACAGCCACUCGGGCCAAUUCUGCCCAGGCCAUGCCAAAGACUCCCUCGAGGAAGUCAUCCAGACCGCCAUCAGCAAAAAGAUGCAAGUCUUCUGUCUGACAGAGCACAUGCCCCGCCAAACGGUGGACUUUUACCCUGAAGAGGUACCCUCCAGCACCACCCUCUCUCCCUCAACCAAUCUCCUCCCUUUAUAUUCACAUCACCCGCUAACAAAAAAACCCCAGAUCGAAGCCGGCCAAACAGAAGCCUGGCAUUCCACCAACGAAGAAGCCUACUUCACCGAAGCCCUCCGCCUACGCGCCAAAUACGCCUCCCAAAUCUCCAUCCUCAUCGGCUUCGAAUGCGACUGGAUCCGCCCUUCAUCCGAGUCCCUAAUCACCCGCUCCCUCACCCGCUUCCCCUUCGAAUUCUUCGUCGGCUCCGUGCACCACAUGCACACCAUCCCCAUCGACUACGACCACGAUAUGUACAGACGCGCGCGCGAUAUCGCCGGCGGCACCGACGAGCGCCUCUUCGAGGAUUACUUUGAUGCGCAGCUGGAUAUGCUGAAGGCAUUGAAGCCGCCCGUCGUUGGGCACUUUGAUCUUAUCCGGUUGAAGAGUGAUGAUCCGGAGCGGAGUUUCAAGGUGUGGCCUGGUGUUUGGGAGCGGGUGCUGAGGAACUUGAAGUUUGUGGUUGGGUAUGGUGGGUUGGUGGAGGUUAAUGGGGCUGCGUUGAGGAAGGGGAUGAGUGAGCCUUAUCCCAAGGGUGAGAUUUGCAAGGAGCUUUUGGCCCUUGGUGGACGGUUCUGUUUGUCGGAUGAUAGCCAUGGUGUUGAUCAGGUUAGUUUGAAUUUCCACCGGGUGUUGGAGUUUUUGGAUGGCGUGGGUCUGAAGUCGUUGCAUUAUUUGUCGCUGGUUGGAGAGGAGGGAGGGGAUGUGAUGCCUGCGCCGGAUGAGCGGUUCUCUCGGACGAGGAUUGCUGCUGUUUCUAUGGAGGAGGUUAAAGAGAUGGCUUUUUGGAAGGCGUGA